GGCCAAUGGCGGGGCGCGGCCCACGAGCGGUGCCGCGUGUCUCCUCCUCCCAUUGGCUGAAAGUUACUGUGGGAAAGAAAGUUUGGGAAGUUUCACACGAGCCGUUCGCGUGCAGUCCCAGAUAUAUAUAGAGGCCGCCAGGGCCCGGGGAUCACACAGGAUCCGGAGCUGCUGCUGAUAACAGCGGGAUCCCCCGCCCACCUCUCUCCUUGGUCCUGGAAUUGCGCUACCGAUCACCAAGUAGCCAUAAGAUGCUAUAAUAAACCCUCAGCACUUGCUCAGCAGUUUUGCGAAAGUCUCAAGUAAAAGGACACAAACAAAACAAUUUUUUGUGUGAAGAACUCCAAAAAUAAAAUUCUCUAGGGACUUAAAAAAAAAAAAAAGAAAAUGCCAGCUGAUAUAAUGGAGAAAAAUUCCUCGUCCCCGGUGGCUGCUACCCCAGCCAGUGUCAACACGACACCGGAUAAACCAAAGACAGCAUCUGAGCACAGAAAGUCAUCAAAGCCUAUCAUGGAGAAAAGACGGAGAGCAAGAAUAAAUGAAAGCCUGAGCCAGCUGAAAACACUGAUUUUGGAUGCUCUUAAAAAAGAUAGCUCGCGGCAUUCCAAGCUGGAGAAGGCGGACAUUCUGGAAAUGACAGUGAAGCACCUCCGGAACCUGCAGCGGGCGCAGAUGACGGCCGCGCUCAGCACCGACCCCAGCGUGCUGGGCAAGUACCGCGCCGGCUUCAGCGAGUGCAUGAACGAGGUGACCCGCUUCCUGUCCACGUGCGAGGGCGUCAACACCGAGGUGCGCACGCGGCUCCUCGGCCACCUGGCCGGCUGCAUGACCCAGAUCAACGCCAUGACCUACCCGGGGCAGCCGCACCCCGCCCUGCAGGCGCCGCCGCCGCCGCCGCCCCCGCCGCCCGCGCCGGGCCCCGGCGGCCCGCAGCACGCGCCCUUCGCGCCGCCGCCGCCGCUCGUGCCCAUCCCCGGGGGCGCGGCGCCCCCUCCCGGCGGCGCGCCCUGCAAGCUGGGCAGCCCGGCCGGCGAGGCGGCCAAGGCCUUCGGCGGCUUCCAGGUGGUGCCGGCUCCCGACGGCCAGUUCGCCUUCCUCAUCCCCAGCGGGGCCUUCGCGCACGGCGGCCCGGUCAUCCCCGUCUACACCGGCAGCGGCGCGACCUCCGUGGGCCCCAACGCCGUGUCGCCUUCCAGCGGCCCCUCGCUCACGGCGGACUCCAUGUGGCGGCCGUGGCGGAACUGAGGGGCUCGGGCCACCCCUCCCCCCGAAUGCCCCACCCGCCUCUCUGCCCUCGGGACACGCCACCACUCCACGGGAACUUGGACGCUGGGAGAGAAGGGAGGACGCUGGCGAUGCCGUGGUUCCUUUGGUUUUUUCAGUUCCUAAAGUUCCUUUUUUGUAGAGAGCUGCAUUAAGUGACUUGACCAUGCACUAUAUUUGUAUAUAUUUUAUAUGUUCAUAUUGGAUUGCGCCUUUGUAUUAUAAAAGUUGAGAUGACAUUUCGUUUUUUACACGAGAUUUUUUUUUUAUGUGAUGCCAAAGAUGUUUGAAAAUGCUCUUAAAAUAUCUUCCUUUGGGGAAGUUUAUUUGAGAAAAUAUAAUAAAAGAUAAAAAAGAGUGAAGGC